AUGGCGAACUCAUCUCAAGUUCCCGUCUCAGCAUUGAUUAAUAAAGGAGCUGGUUUAAGCGAUGUGCAAGAAGGACGUAAAACAAAAGAUGAAUAUCGCAAACAAAAGGAUUUGGAAGAGGAGCGUAAACUGGGCAUUGCCCCAGCAAUGGUCGACAUUGAAACGGGACGUGAUAUCAAUCCGCAUAUUCCUGAAUUCAUAGCUAAAAAUCCUUGGUAUGUACCGUCUGGUGGACCGACGCUUAAGGUUACUAUGGCUUUUUUCAUCGUCUUUGCACGUAUUUAUUGUUAUUAUCUUCAAGUUUUAUGCAACAGUUCUAUGCAUGCAUUAAAGAGUAAAAGUAAUGAUCUGACCAAAAAAUGCCAAUGCUUUCAAUUUUAG